AUGGCGGUUUAUGAUGUGACUAUUGCAUACAAGGAUCAAUGUCUUACUUUCUUGGAUAACCUUCUUGGUGUGGAUCCUUCCAAAGUACACAUGCACAUCAGAUGUAUCCCUCUUAAGGAAAUCCCAAAAUCUGAAAAAGAGACUGUUGAUUGGUUGAUGAAUACAUUCCUGUUCAAGGAUCAGCUGCUCUCUAAUUUUAUAGCUGAUGGCCAGUUCCCUCGUCAAGGAACAGAAGGUGAGCUUUCAAAUUUAAAAUGUUUGGACAAUUGUGGAGUAGUGAUUGCUCUUACUGGAUUGUUCAUAUAUCCUACCAUUUGUUCAUCCAUUUGGUUUAAAGUGUACAUAGGUUUAGCUUGCAUUUACCUUGCUUCUGCUUCCUAUUUCGAUAUCAGACCAUCUCCAGUUCUUGGCACCAUCAAAGAAAUGUUGCAGACGAAAAAUUUGUAG